AUGACUUCAAAAAGAGGCAAAGGGAAAGGAAUUGCAACAGGGGAGGGUGUGGAAAAGAAAGGAACAAUAUACGAAAGAAUGGUAUUUUCUGACGCUCUGGAGGAACAUGAAACAAAGGCCAGAAAUGUCAAGGAGAUAUUACAAUGGACAAGGAAGGCAAGUGCUACAAAGAAAGUGGAAACUAGCAACCAACAAUGGAGACCAAAGGCAGAUCAAUCAGGAACCAUGACGCAAGGUGCUAGCUCUAAGAGUACAAAGGAGUCUGUUUCUAUGCCUCUAAAGAGAAGAAGGCUCAGUUCUAGUGACGACGGAAAAGAGAAGAGAGCAAGACAUGAAGAACCAAAGGAGACCAACCAUUCCCCGUCUAUCUUUGAGAGACUAGGGCCUCAGACUACUCCCGCUCUUAACAAUACGAGUUCAGAAGGAAGAAACUCAGCUUCUAGGAGCUCAAGGUCCAAGACAACUGACUCUAAGUAUUCUGAAUCUCAGAAAUCUGCAAGUUUAAUCAUCAAAAGGAUGCAAAAAGGAGCAAAAGGAGUGUUAUCUAUGAUAGAGCUACUUACUCAAGUCAAAGGAACCAACCCAAGUCAUUAUAUCUUAAAGAUAAAGCAUAUUCUCAAGUUGGACAUAAUGCAUAUGCCAGAAGUUUACUACUGA